CAUGUUAAAUGGUCUGCAAUAAGCUAAUCUUCUACAGCCAAUAAGGAUAAAACACACACCAGGCCGCAGUUCAAGGGUCAAUACCAGACUGACACCAAUCCUUAAAGUGUCAUUUUUCACAUAGAAUGGCAAUUCCCAGCAAAAACGAAUAGCAGAAGCCUGAGACUAUGCUUUUAGACUGAUGCCAAAAGGUUAGUUUCAAAACAUUCAUGUGAUUGGAAGAAUUAAUUGCCACGUCAGUCACAUAUUGUCACAGUGCUCGUCACUUAUAUCCCCCAAGACAAGAAGCAUAAGUUUAUAUAGAGGUUCCAAAGCCCUGACUUGGCCUCAUUAUUUAUUGAAGGAAGACAGUAAGCUGUUUUAAGAAAGGGCAAAUAGAUGGGGAGUUGUGUGGCUUGGUACCCUUUUAUGCUAAUGCUAGCAAUUAGUUUUGCCUUUUCCAUUACUAAUGUACUUCUCAAGAAACUCAUCAUUUCAACAAUAUUUUUAGCCCCCAUUGCCUUAUUUGUAGAAAGGAAUACUAGCCAAAACUUACCCCACGCAUUCCGUGUCCCCUUUUUGUUUAUGCAAUUGUUGGAAUACACGUCUACAACUUACGCUUGUGGUUUUCUGAACAUAGUUCCUGUUGUCACAUUUUUAAUGGCAAUGCCUUCGGCUCAGGUCUCCAACCAAGACAACUCACACACACCACCCCAGGAUGUUUAGCCACCCCAUCACUCUCCAAGCUUAACCUCUCACACCUCUCUAGCUCCCACACAAGGAAGCUUUACAAGAAGAAGAAAAUCAGCCCACACACUCACUGUUUUGGUACCUCACGAAGAAGACCAGGACUGAUGGCCAGCUCUAGGUUCACUCAUACACUCAAUGUAUUUGUUGCACCCUUCAGGAAAGGGGCUACACUCUGACUUAUACAAGUCACAAGGCUUGAAGACAAAAAGAUACAGGGAGGCACCAAACAAAGCAACGGAUAGAAAACCAAGUGGCCAAAGGCCAGUUCAAUAAGUGAGUAACCGGAUAGGUUAUUUGCCAGAGAGAAAAACAUUAAGGGCUAAAGAGGAGUAGGGUUAAACUUAGGGUGCAAGCCUUAGUUUGUAUUAGUACGGUUCUAUGCGUGUAUUUUUUAUUUACAAAUACAUGUGAGCAUGAAUAAAAGAAGAAAAUAAAAGUUAACGUUGAUGAUUAAUAAAAGAUUAAUUUCCUUGAAAGCAAA